GCGGGCUCCUGCAGCAAGUCGUCGUCUCAGCUCUCAGCGGAGCAGUUGAGGAGGAUAGAGGAGAACAGGCGCAGGGCCAGAGAGAGACUUGACCGCAAAACACACGCAGAACAGCCGCCAAAGUCUAACAACACUGCCCACGUCCCGUCAACUGCCAUACCCUUUCCACAUGCUCAUGUACACGGAGUCAUACACGGCAGUUGUAACCAUGCUACAGUGAACUCUCGUCCUCAAUCGCAUGACGACUGCUCUUCUGCUGCUAAAGUUACAACUGGCUCAGCAACAUCCGUGAAAAAGCCUGACACUGCCAUCAAGAAGGUUGUGGAAUUGGUAAGACCCGCAAUCAAGGCCAAUUUGAGGCUCACGUCAAAACAGAGGUUUGAGAUUGUCAUGCCAUAUGACAGACAAGCCAUCGAGGUAUUCAAGAAAACUCCCACCAAUGCCUACAAUGCUAAAGCGUCAAUUUGGUCUUUUGGAAUAACAGUCUAUGACAAGCUAGUAUCAGGACUGCAGAGGGAUUGCCGGCACAUAGAGCUGAGUCAGAUACCGAGACCAGUGGUGUCCCUGUUCCAGUCUCCCCCUGCCCCAGUUCCCACAGAGAGUGGGGGAGGUCACUGGAGUGGAGUGGACCCCAGACUACACUCUACUCUCAUGCAGUUCCAGAGAGACGGAAUAGAUUACUGUAUUAGUCGUGGAGGCAGAGCCCUGCUUGCUGAUGACAUGGGUUUGGGGAAGACCCUGCAAGCUCUGGCAGUAAUGAGCCACUACCGUGGCAACUGGCCACUCCUCAUCAUCUGUCCAUCCUCCGUCAAGAUGACAUGGGCUGAGGCGUGUCAGAGGUGGGUGUCGUCUCUGAGGGAAGAGGAGGUGCUGGUCGUGGGGACAGGGAAGCUGCCGUCGACCAGUCCUCCAGUCACAAUCACCAGCUACGAUCUCGCCACUCGACUCAGCCGCGAGCUGGCUCUGAGAAAACCUGAUGCCAUCAUUGUGGAUGAAUCUCAUUUUUUGAAGAAUCCUAAGACCAAUCGCUGCAAGGCAAUCCUACCACUCAUCAAGAGUGCCAAGCGUUGUCUACUGCUGUCAGGGACACCAGCCCUCUCUCGACCCAUUGAACUCUACACUCAGAUAUCAGCAAUCGACAAGAGCUUCAAAAUCUCCUGCACCAACUUUGGCAUCCGAUACUGCAGUGGGAUCAAGAGUCACUUUGGUUGGGAUUUGAGUGGGGCUUCAAACCUGAACGAGCUUCUUCUCUACAUGCAAGAGAAGUUUAUGAUCAGGUGUAUUAUAGUGCCCUGUAAUAAUGAUACAGACACUCUGAUCAUUUUUUGUUUUUUCAGACGUCUAAAGAAUGAUGUGCUCGAUCAACUUCCUCCAAAGAGAAGGCAAACGGUGGUGCUGGAUCCCUCCCUGACAAAGACGCAGUCUAGAGAGGUCCGAGAGCUGAGGCAGGAGCUGGAGAAGGCAGGGAUGGUCAAGGGAAUGCAGCAGCGUGCAGCUCUCCUGCCUCUCUUUGAGAAGACCGGCAGACUCAAGCUACCUGCUGUCAGGGGGUAUAUUCUGGACCUGCUGGAAGGAGGCAGGAAGCUGAUAGUGUUUGCCCACCACAAGUCAGUCCUGGACUCCAUCUCUGAAUGCCUCUCAGACAAGGGUUAUGAGCACAUCAGGAUUGACGGCCGAACGCCACCAGAGACUCGCCAACUGCUGUGUGACAGGUUCCAGCAUGACGAGUUGUGCCUCGUGGCCCUUCUCUCUAUCACCACUGCCAAUGCCGGUCUUACGCUGACUGCAGCUUCUACUGUGGUGUUUGCUGAGCUGUUUUGGAACCCUGGGAUUCUGGUGCAGGCAGAGGACAGAGCAUACAGAAUAGGACAGAAGAACAGCGUUGUCAUCCACUACCUGGUCGCCAGAGAAACGGUGGACGACUUCAUCUGGCCAUUGAUCCAGAGCAAGCUGACAGUGCUCAACAAGGCCGGCCUGGCAGGAGAGGAUUUCUCUGCCACUGACAGCACCAUACUGAAGGGUACUGGGUUUCAGCAGACUCUACUGGAUUUCCUUGACAAGGAGCAGCAACAACAGAGUAAGGGAGGAGAGGUGGGGGUUGCUGGAAGUGAGGCCAGAACAUCGGGAGAUACGAGAAAGAAAAACAAGAGAAAGCGAUUGAUAACAGAAUUCUGUUGUGAAGACGAUUCAGACUUUGAUACACUCGAGAGGAAGCAAAAGUUGAAAAUGUCUCCUAGUUGCCGUCAAUUGCAAGCCACAGUCAAUUCAGAGUCUGCCGGAGAUUCACUGAGCUACUGCAGCACUAGACCUACCAGUGUCAAGGAGGGAAUGGGACAACCUUUCAAAAAGUCAAAGUCGGCCGAACUGGCCAGCUAUCUCCUCUCAAGGAAAGCCAGCAGUGAUGCAUCAUCACUGACAACAGAGCAACCAUCUACAGCAACUCUUGUGUGUCAUACUCCACCUCGUAGCUCUACUGGAGGUGAUGGGGUGGCAUCCAGUGCUACUAGUAGUACAGUGGAGUAUGACUUUAGAGAGGAAAACAGUCACAGUGGUAGUGAGGGUGGUAGCGGUGAGUGGAUGUUCGAAGACUGUGAUUUGACCUCUUUCAGUAACUUUGAUGAUGACGAUACAUGAAUUAACCUCAUCACUUUAUGUCAUAGUCACAUUUUGUGCUAUUAGGUCAUUUUGCACAGCUUUCAGGUUAACCAAUCCCACCACAGACAACAACCAACUAAUCAUUUUGCACGGCUUCAGGUUUCUAUAAACCAUAAAUUAUUUCCACAUUCUGUUCAUAUACCUACAACCAUC